CGGGCGGCGGGCACCUGGGGGCGGGCUGGGGGGCGCCGGCCGCGGCAGGAGGCGCUGUAGCGAGGGCUGCGGCGCGGGUCCCGCUGCGGCCGCGGGAGGGAGCGGGGCAGGCGCCGUGGGCCGGGCCCCUCCUCCGGCUCCUGCGCGGCCGCCUCCCAGCAGGCUCGGCCGGCGCCUGCUGCUACUGUCCCCGCAGCGCUGCUGCUCCGCGCCUGCCGCCCCGAGCGCCCGCGCGCGGGACUGGCGGGGGCCUCGGCGGACAAGCGGGCGCGCGGGGCCAUGGUCGUGGUCCCCUGACGGGCCGCGGCCGCCUCCAUGAAGCGGAAGAGCGAGCGGCGGCCGAGCUGGGCCGCCGCGCCCCCCUGCUCGCGGCGCUGCUCGUCGACCUCCCCGGGCGUGAAGAAGAGCCGCAGCUCCACGCCGCAGGAGCUGCACCGCCUGGACCAGGACGACCUGUACCUGGACAUCACCGAUCGCCUUUGUUUUGCCAUUCUCUACAGCAGACCAAAGAGUGCAUCAAAUGAACAUUAUUUCAGCAUAGAUAAUGAACUUGAAUAUGAGAACUUUUAUGCAGAUUUUGGACCACUCAAUCUGGCAAUGGUUUACAGAUAUUGUUGCAAGAUAAAUAAGAAAUUAAAGUCCAUUACAAUGCUAAGGAAGAAAAUUAUUCAUUUUACUGGCUCAGAUGAGAGAAAACAAGCAAAUGCUGCUUUCCUUGUUGGAUGCUAUAUGGUUAUAUAUUUGGGGAGAACUCCGGAAGAAGCAUAUAGAAUAUUAAUCUUUGGAGAUACGUCGUAUAUCCCUUUCAGAGACGCUGCCUAUGGAAGCUGCAAUUACUACAUCACACUGCUUGACUGUUUCCAUGCAGUAAAGAAGGCAAUGCAGUAUGGCUUCCUUGAUUUCAACACAUUUAACCUUGAUGAAUAUGAGCACUAUGAAAAAGCAGAAAAUGGAGACUUUAAUUGGAUAAUACCAGACCGAUUUAUUGCCUUCUGUGGACCUCACGCAAGAUCCAGGCUUGAAAGUGGUUACCACCAACAUUCUCCUGAGACUUACAUUCCCUAUUUCAAGAAUCACAAUGUCACUACCAUUAUUCGCCUGAAUAAAAAGAUGUACGAUGCUAAGCGCUUUACAGAUGCCGGGUUCGAUCACCAUGACCUUUUCUUUGCGGAUGGCAGCACCCCUACCGACACCAUUGUCAAAGAAUUUCUGGAUAUUUGUGAAAAUGCCGAGGGCGCCAUUGCAGUUCAUUGUAAAGCUGGCCUCGGUCGAACAGGCACCCUGAUAGCCUGCUACAUCAUGAAGCAUUACAGGAUGACAGCAGCCGAGACCAUCGCGUGGGUCCGAAUCUGUAGGCCCGGCUCGGUGAUUGGGCCUCAGCAGCAGUUUCUGGUGAUGAAACAAGCAAGCCUGUGGCUGGAAGGGGACUAUUUCCGACAAAAGUUACGGGGGCAGGAGAAUGGACAACACAGAACCUCGCUCUCCAGACUCCUUUCUGGUGUCGAUGACAUCUCAAUAAAUGGGGUCGAGAACCGAGACAAGCAGGAAGCAGAACCGUACAGUGAUGACGACGAAAUGAAUGGCGUGACACAAGGUGAUAGACUUCGGGUUCUGAAAAGCAGAAGACAAUCAAAAGCAAAGGCUGUCCCCCUCACAGUAAUUCUGCAGUCCAGUGUUCAGAGCUGUAAAACGUCUGAACCUGACGCUUCUGGCAGUGCAGGCAUUACUCACAGAACCACCAGGUCUGCUUCAAGGAAAAGCAGUUUUAAAAGCCUGGUUCCGCAGAGGGGCAGAAGGAAAAGGAGUGCUUUGCGACCAAUGCCCUUGACGGCAUUCUGUCCCUCCGUUUCAAGGACUAAAGCAGUCCUGCGUUAAGUCAAACCUGUGGCCCGAACAGAAGGAAGAGUCCGGGCACCGCAGGCUGCGACCAGACUUAGCACAAUUUACACCCGAACAAAACGCAGAAUUGCAACAGCCUUAGUUGCUUUCCACCUAAGAAGUCGAUUUCAGUGAAGACACCGUGCACUGGAGUUGGAUCCAUAACUCCCCCACGUUGGGGUGCGAGCGGACGCCUUGAAGAAGGGCCCAGCUCUGUAGAGCAGGCUCAUGUUGAACCACAGAAAAGCUGUCAUAAAUGUAGUCUCAGGUGUGAAUCCCCAGGCCCUCUGUUGUGCAGGGAGCUGCCCCGCCGGUGAGGUGCAGGUGCGUGCUGGCCGGAGGCUGCCGUGCAGGUUCCUCGUGUAUUUAUUUUCUGUUCACCCCGUGGCCCCGUGUCCACAUUCCUGAAGACGAAACGGUACUUCCUGUCAUGGGACACGAUUCGGUUUGCGCGUCCUCACCUUACCCUCGGUUAAUAGUGUUGGGUGGUUACUCUGUGAAGUACCCACACUGCUUGUCUCCCACCAAAGAGUGCUUUAUUAACGUGUCUGUGGAAACCAGAUGUGCACCCGGGACGCGCGUCGUACAGAGCAGUCCUCUGCCAGCCCACAGCGCGCAGACUCGGAGGCGAAGCCGGCUCUGGCUGGAAGAUGGUUGCAAGCCAUUCCUUUUUAUGUCACGCAGGAACUGACGGAGCACAAGGCUACCCUUUCUUUGGUUGCCCUUCAAAUCAUGUUUCCUUCCGUGCAUAAAAAAGAAAAGCACCCACGCUAUUGGGUUCCGCGCUUGGAAAGAGCAGUCCUGAACAGUAGUGGCUUUCAAAACAAAACAGAACAUAAGACGUUGAUGCCUUUGAAAAUUUAGUCUUUCUCCGUGACAGCGUGGAAUGUUUUCUCCUGGGAGCUGCCCGAGGCUGCCCGCACACCCUUGUGGUGAGAGAACUCACUGUUGCCUUGGGUUCGGGAAUCCGCCGGGAACUCCAAGCAGAGUGCCUUCUGCCCUCAGCCCCUGACACGCAGCAGGGCUGUGACAUCAAGCAAUCGCACAACUCCAGUUUAUUUGCUGCUAAAAAAAAAAACCACCGGGGUCCCUACCGCAGGAACGUUCUGCAGUCGCCUUGGGUGCUGCUGGACGAAGGAGUGUUGGUUUUAGUUCCUGGGAAACAGCUCCUGCCUGCCCCGGGCUGGAGCGUGAGGGAUGCACUGUUGAAAGGCAGCGGAGAGGCAAAAGGCAGGAUGAAUGUCCAGGCCGAGCAAGGCCGUUCCGUUUAUAAAGCUGCCUUUGCCACAGAGCUAUUAGGAGUAAGAAGUGGUUGGGAUGAGCAGGUUAGUCUUAACACAGCCGGUCAUGGCCAGGCGGUGGCUACGUCUCGGCGCUGCUCCCAUGGGUAGCAGGCGGAUUGCUGGACAUGGCCAGCGUCUUAGCCUGGCAGGUGCCCUUUCUCCACUGCUGGCUCUCAGGUCACAGAACAGCAGUGGUUCUGUGUCCUUAGAAACCAGCAGGUGUAAGGUUUGGGUGGGAGGAGGAACCUCCCACUCGCUGUGUUGUGCCAAGAGGUGAUGCCAAGUAUCCAGACUGUUCCAAGCAUGAAACAUGGAAUUCUCAGGGCACCUUUCUUCCCUUACUCCUGUCAGGGCCGUCCCCUCCUCACGUGACCCAGGGAGCGAGGAAGGCCCAGCUCCCCCAUCCCCCACCCACCCCCGUAAUCCUUCUGGAUUUGGCUUUGUGUCCAUUGGAACCAGGCCACAGGCUACUCGGGCUUGGCCAAGAGUGGGACGUUAGGGCUUCGCUGUUUACUGUGUCACUUUUGUAUUGCAUAGUUGCCUUCUUGUGUUCCCAGCUAGCACCGCCAUCACUGUGCCCUGCUAGGAAAGCCUUGUAGUGGCUUUGCUUGCCGGAGACUGGGGAGGCGGUCGGGAAGCCUUCCCGGGAGCGCCGGGUGGCCGAUCGCACAGCAGCGGGCACACUUUGACUAGGGCCGUGGUUGGAGUCCAGGGAGGCUCUGAAUCCGAGCUGUGGAAGGGUCUUCCUGCCACGAAGAAGAGCAGACCCUCCCUCACCCAGGGGGAACCCUGGAACACCCCGCAGCUUCUGAGGUUCUCACAUGGAGUCCUUGUCGCGCCUGUCAGACCCGCAGGUGCCCCCGACCCUUUGCAGUGGGUUAAAUCAUCAGUGCGCCCUUGAAGCUCUGGGAGACUCAAGUCCUCAGAGCCAGGGACGGCCCAGGGGACGGGUGUCUGCAAAGCUGGACUCCCAGGUCUCUGUCGUGCAGCGCCCGUGGCCCGCAGGCCCUUCCCACGAAGCUGUCCGAGGCCCUAGGGUCCAGCAGGGAGCUCCCCGGUGCAGUGUGGCUGGUCCCCAGCUCCCCAGAAGGCUUCAGCCUCCUCUGCCCACCCCCUCCCUGGGGGAUUUCUACCUCUUUGGGUCCUGCAAGGGUGAGAGGAGUCCCGAGCAUCCCCGGGACUCCUGGCACCUUCCCUUCGCCUGCGCCACCCGUCUUGACAAAUGGGCAAUGCACUGUGUCGCUGUGUAUUCCAGAAAUAUCACCACCGCUUGUUCUCAUGCAUUUUUUAAAGAAACCGUGAUUGCGCUUUGGAAAGCAGUGGCGCAUCGCGAACGACCUUGAACCGCUUUGCCCCUUCCUCGUUGUGUCCCGCUGAAGCCGUCCUGGGGGGCGGGGGGAGCUGCCCGCUGCUCCUGAUGCCCCGCCUGCCUCUCUGCAGAAGCACUGCGGAGUGCCCCGUGACUGGACAGCUGGCCUAGACUGUGCAGGAAGUUACCUCCUUACUUACCCAGUCAAGUUCACUGUCAGCAGACACGGUCCUCUGACAAGAGUACUGCGGUUUUAUACAGAUAAUUUGCAGACUUUUAUCUAAUGUGCACUCGUGUACAGAUAUUAAAAGUUUUAAGAUGUAACUGAGUAAUCAGUAUUUGAUCGUCUUGAUUUUUUUAUCAAAAUGUAUAUUUCUAAUGCUAUUUUUUAAAGCUGAGAGAACUGGCUGGGUGGAUGUUUUAUUUUCCUGAAGGUAUUUUUAAGAUAAAGCUUCACAAUGGCUGUGAUCUCUGCAGAUACAUGUAGUUUGAUACAUAUUGUUGCAUUUGGAAAUCUUGCGUAUUGUUACCCAGUUUUAUAUAAAAUGUUGAAUAGUGGGAAUUGUAUAAUUACAACUGUGUCAUUAAAAGGAUUAACCGAGCA